AUGAAUUCAGUACACCAACUUGAUGAAUUGGUGAAAGAAUAUUUGCUCUUCCGGGGUUUUAUAAACACUUUUCGCGCUUUUGAGCAGGAGAACAAAACAGAUAAAGAUAAAAGUUUCCAAGCCGAUAAAAUAAUUGAUGAAUUAUCCAGUUACAUCUCGAACAGUGAUAUUAAUGGGCUAUUGGAAUACUGGCAAUAUUUGCACAUUCGUUAUUUCUCACGAUUAGAUGGGCGAUUUUUUGGAAGUGUAAAAAAGUUCGAGACAUGCUUAUUGAGAUAUUAUUUAGUUUAUGCAACACAACAUAAACGAAAAGACAAAAUCGUGGAAUUUUUUGAUACCUUUGGUGCAGAACUUAACGGAAACCCAGAAUGGACUAAAUGGUUUGGUUUGCCGUUCUCGAAAAAUCCUGUAUCCGAUCCGAAUUUUGAACCUUUUUUCACUAAACAGUGGUUAGACACAUUUACAGUAUCUUUACAUAAUUUCCUGAAUGCUAUAUUUCAAAAUAUGCCGCUACCUAGUCUUUUAUGCUUCAAUAUUGAUCGUCUUCAUAGACAAACAUUACAAAAUGAGAUUAAAGAUCUUCAUCGUGUCAUUGAGAAUCUCAAAUCGGAGCUGGAAACCGGUGAUCAUGAAAUAUCGACGUUAAAGCAAAAGGUUGCUCGUAGUGAGCAUGCGACUGGAUAUAGAAGACGACGUGCUCUUUCCAUGGUCGAACACAAAGAAAAAAAUUCAAAUGGGGUUGAAAGACUUUCGGCUCCUUCAUCACGAGCGAAAAAUCAAGUAUCAGCAAGUGUUCCGGUUUCUCGAUCCGUUACUCCUAGCAAACAACAUGACGCGGGAUCAGUUAAUAGUAAUCAUAACAAUAAAGCCUCGCAAUCACCAAGAUCUUUGCCUGAAGAACGUGCUAUUUCUCCUAUUUCAGAAUACACGUUUGAUGAAGAGGAUGAAGGAGAAUUGCAAGAUGAUGAUGAGACUUUUAUUAUUAAUAGUCAGGAAUUAUAUUUGAGACAUACUUCUGGUAUUACCCUAGCAAAAUUUUCUUGUGAAGGAAGUUUGAUUGCCAGUUGUGAUGCGGACAAUUUAGUUAAAAUAUGGAGCGACUCUGGCGAAAGUCCCGGUUUAGAAAUCAACAACCACGAAUACAACAUUCUUUCCAUGGAAUGGGAAUCGAGAUCCGAUAAAUUUUUAUUUUUUGGCACAGAUGAACGCAUAAUCCGAAUGUACAAUCAAGAGAGCAAAUCGGUGGUGCAUGAAUUUCAAAUGGAAGAACGGCUUCCGAGAGUUAAUCAAAUUUGUUGUUCUCCGGCAGAACCGGUUUUUGCUUGUUCUGGUAGUGAUGUGAAGAUUCGUCGAGAUAACCCUGGUACAGGCUCGGCUGCCGGCUCUUCUGCGACUAGUAGUGCUUUGGUCAGCUGGGAUAUUAAAACGAUGUCGAUACAGGGCACCUUCUGGUUGGAUACCCCAUCAAAAUCUCAUGCCGUUCCAAUAGAAACCAUCAAAUUCAAUCAUAAUGGGAAAAUGCUAGUGACUGGUGACAAAACAGGCUAUAUUCGGAUUUUUGAUAUUCGUAAAUUGUCUCCAAUUAUGGAAUGGAAUAUAUCAAGUGCUUCAUCCACAAUAAAUGCAAAUAAAGUUGGUAGUGGUAUAGUUUGCUCUACAUUAUUUAGCUUUGAUGAGAAUUCGAUAUAUGUAGUUGAUGAGAGCGGGCAGUUCUCUCAAUGUACGCUAAGUUUUCCAUUCCCAACAACAUUCCGAAAACGAACAGUUUCCGCUUCAUCAAGUCGAAGCACAAAUUCAACGGCUACAAACGUUAUCGGAAAUAAUACUAAUAGUAAUGAUAAUAGCAAUAGAGGACUAUCACAUUUGGCGCCUCCUCCCCGAGCACCAAUGGUUGCAUUUAGUCCUGAUACUGAGCAUCUUGUGUGUGUUGGAGGAACUGGCGGAUGUGAAGGAAUGAUUUAUCAGACAUCUAAUGGAGAACAGGUGCAAAGUUUAGCUUCACAUUCUCAAUCCCUAACGUCUGUUGAUUGGUCAGCAACUACGGGAAAUGCUAUUCUUACUGCUUCGACAGAUGGAACACUGAGGCUCACAAAGAUAACAAAAUCAGAAUUGAAUCACUAG